UGUUUAUAUAUAUAUAUAUGUCCAAUAGAUUUGCAAAUUCUGCAAAAACAUAUUGUGUGAAAACUAUUGGAAUUCGCAGAUGGCCAAUAAGCAUUUUAUAAAUUGUUAUGUCUCAUUUGUAUGGCUGUUAUGCGUAAUAUUGCUCUCAACUACAACUGUUGGUGAUUAUACUUCAAAUUAUAAUUGUAGCUCUGCUGAGAGGGAAGCCUUGAUUUCCUUCAAACAAGGCUUAUCGGAUCCUUCAUCUCGUCUUUCUUCCUGGGUGGGUCACAAUUGUUGUCAAUGGCAUGGCAUAACCUGUAAUCUCAUUUCUGGAAAAGUCACCAAAAUUGAUCUACACAACUCAUUCAACUCUACCAUUUCUACACCAUCUCUUACCAUUUCUCCAUUAUCUCUUACCAUUUCUCCAUCAUCUUUUCCGAUUAUGAUUAUUGGUAGGGGUUAUGAACAACCAUGGAAAGAUUCCGAAGAUUUUGUACAAGAAAUCCAAAAGACUUGUUUGAGUGGGAAAAUAAGCUCUUCUUUACUUCAGCUCAAACAUUUGAAUUACCUCGACUUAAGUCUAAAUAAUUUUGAAGGUGCUCCAAUUCCAUAUUUUUUUGGGAUGCUCACGAGCUUAAGGGGAGCUUUUUGAUGAUUGGAGUAGACUCAAAUCAAUGCUUGCUGUUGAUUUAGCCAACAAUAAUCUACACGGAAAAAUUCCAACCACAAUAGGUUUGUCAACAUCCCUCAACAUAUUAAAGUUAGAGAACAACAAUUUGCAUGGAGAAAUUCCGGAGUCCUUGCAAAAUUGUUCACUACUCAGGAGCAUCGAUCUUUCAGGAAAUAGAUUCUUAAACGGAGACCUGCCUUCAUGGAUAGGAGUAGCUGUGUCAGAGCUGCGGUUGUUGAACUUGCGGUCUAAUAAUUUCAGCGGAACCAUUCCAAGACAAUGGUGCAAUCUUCAUUUUCUUCGUAUAUUUGAUCUAUCAAACAAUCGUCUUUUUGGAGAAGUUCCAAGUUGUUUGUAUAAUUGGACAUCUUUUGUCCAUGGCGAUAAUGACUAUCGUGGAUUAGGAUUUUAUCAUUAUAGCAAAGGAGUGUUUAGUUACGCAUACGAAGAAAAUACAAGGUUGGUUAUGAAAGGUAUAGAGUCUGAAUACUACAAUAAUAUUGUCAAACUUGUUCUGACAAUAGAUCUUUCAAGAAAUAAAUUGAGUGGUCAGAUUCCAAAUGAGAUAACAAAGCUCAUUCAUUUGGUUACUCUAAACUUGUCUUGGAAUUCUCUUGUGGGUACCAUACCACGAAAUAUAGGAGCCAUAAGGAGUUUACAGACACUGGAUCUCUCCCACAACCAUCUUAUUGGAAGAAUUCCUGACAGCUUAGCAUCUCUAAGUUUCUUGACACAUUUGAAUAUGUCAUUCAACAAUUUGACAGGAAGAAUACCGACGGGUAAUCAGCUUCAAACACUGGAAGACCCCUCGAUCUAUGAAGGCAAUCCUCAUCUAUGUGGGCCUCCUCUAAUUCAGAUCAAUUGUCCAAGUGAUGAAAGUUCAACCAAUCUACUAACUUCAACAAGCGAAGAAGAAGAAAAUGGCUCGGAAAUGGUUGGCUUCUAUAUUAGUAUGGCAAUUGGUUUUCCAUUUGGCAUCAACAUACUGUUCUUUACCAUUUUCACAAAUCAAGCAAGAAGAAUAUUCUACCUUCGCAUUGUGGAUCGUGUCAAUUAUAACAUACUCCAAACAAUUGUCUUUCUUAUAAUUGGUCUGAGGAGAAUGAUUAUAUGGAGACGAUGAAGCUACUAAUUAAAACUGCAGUUUCUUGGUGGCCAGCAACCGGAUCGAGUUAGUUUUUAAGAUCGAUAAUUUAACAAGUGUGUUGCUUUUUUUUUUCUUUUACAUCAAAUUUAGUUUAUAUGCAUGUAUAUGUAAUGUUUGUAGACUGCUAUAGUUGAUUAUAAUAAAUCAAUGGAUAAUUGAUUAUAAUUAUAA